AUAGAAAAGCAAUAAGGUCAUUUAUUCCAGGACGUAGAAAUAAAGACAAAGUGGAAGAAACUGACGUGAAAAAUCUGCUAGUACAAAAAAAGUGAAAUCUGUCACCAUAAACCAUGUUUGGUGCAAACAAACCAUUUGGUUUUGGUGGUGGCACUGGAACAUCAUUUGGGGCAUCAACACCAUUUGGGGGAGGUACAACUAGUACUUUUGGUGCAAAACCCACAGGUACUGCUACCACAUUUGGGACACCAGCCUUUGGAAGCCAGACUCCAGCCUCAGGGGGGCUAUUUGGGGGCAAUGCCAACACACAGCAAACUGGGGGACUGUUUGGAGGGACAUCUUUCUCCUCUGCAGGAGGAUCUGGUGGGUUUUCAUUUGGCAGUCAACCUACAACACAGACCACCAGUUUGUUUGCCAGUUCUAGCACUGGUGGAGGAGGGUUAUUUGCCACACCAUCAACCAGCUCAGCCUUUGGAGCCAAGACACCGGGGUUUGGAGUGGGAAAUACCAGUUUUGGUGGCACUUCCACAGGCACCAGUCUGUUUGGCAGCACCACCCAAACCUCCACAGGCACCCUGCCAUUUGGUACCACAGGCACCACUGGGGGCAGCAGUCUCUUUGGAGGAGGUGCAGAUACCAGUUUUGGUGGCACUUCCACAGGCACCAGUCUGUUUGGCAGCACCACCCACACCUCCACAGGCACCUUGCCAUUUGGUACCACAGGCACCACUGGGGGCAGCAGUCUCUUUGGAGGAGGUGCAGCCACAGCAUUUGGCACUGCUCAAACUGGCACCACAGUGAAAUUCAACCCACUGCCAGGCAGUGAUAACAUGUUGAAAAAUGGCGUCUCACAGACUAUCAACACCAAGCAUCAGUGCAUCACGGCCAUGAAGGAGUAUGAGAGUAAGAGUUUAGAGGAACUUCGCAUGGAAGAUUACGCAGCCAAUCGUAAAGGUCCCCAGCAGGGGGCGACAGCGGGGACGGGUCUGUUUGGUAAUACACAGACUGGACAGACGUCGGCUUUUGGGUUUGGUCAGCCUCAACAGCAACAACAACAGCAACAACAGACAACUGGAGGAUUUGGAAGUGGUAAGUCAUUUGGCAACACUUCUACCGGUUUAUUUGGUCAACAGCAGAACACAGGUGGCAGCAGCCUGUUUGGACAGACCAAACCUACAUUUGGAACUGCUACUACCACUGCAGCUAGUACAGGGUUUGGGACAGGAUUUGGAACCACCAGUACAGGAGGUGGGACAUCUCUGUUUGGACAGCAACAGAGCAAGCCACUGUUUGGCAACACAACCACCUCUCAGGCCGGUGGAAUAUUUGGCCAGACAUCCACAGCUUCAACUGGAUUUGGCACUGGCGGGUUUGGCACCAGUACAGGAUUUAACAGCACACAGACUGGGGGUCUUUUUGGCCAGAAACCUCUAGGUUUUGGUACAACCAGCACAGCCACCACAAACACAGGGACUACAUUUGGCUUUGGACAAACCAACAGCAGUCUCUUUGCCAAGCCUACCACAAGCACUGGGUUUGGCUUUGGGCAGUCUACUGGCUUCAAUGCCAACACUGGAAGCACACUAUUUGGCAACAAGCCUGCUGGAUUUGGUGCCGCGUCCACUGGGUUUGGGAACGCGCUGGGAGGCCUUUCCACGGGAACCAGCUUUAACUUUAAUGCUACUGAUAACAAGCCAGCCUUUGGCACAGGUCUGAACCUUGGAGGCUUUGGCCAGACGGGUGGUCUGGGGGCUACCACAACACUGUCCACAGCUGGAGCCACACUGGGAAGUAAUACAGAUGCGGCUAUUCUGGCUGCUCAGCAGGCACAGAUACAACAGCAGUUGAUGGCACUGGCAAGUGCCCCAUAUGGAGACUCUCCACUUUUCAGAAAUCUGAAACUGGAUCCUUCAAAGAGGGAAGAUAUGAAGCCGACCAACCCCCUGGCCCAGAAGGCAGCUCUGAACACCUCUUCACAGUACAAAGUUAGCUCCAGACCUUCAGCAAAGAUCAAACCCAAACCACUGCAUUCUUUGGUCAACGGAAAGGCUCAGCUGUUUGAUGGACUGGAGGAGGAAGAUUGCACGUUUGGCAAUGACACAUUUGUACCUAGGCGCAGCGUGAAGAAGCUGGUCAUCAAGAACAACAGGAAUGGAUCAAGUCCACCGAGUCGUUCUUCCUCUCAGAUAGAGGGGGACCUAGAGCAGACUUCUCCAUUCAGACUGGGGGGUGCGAGGAAUGGGCUAAGCCUUCAGGACGAGCAAACCCCCCCCCCUGUCAUUAAAAAUAGCCAGCCAAUAACCCAGCAGAGGAAGAACGUUAAUGGUGACACCCCAGGACCUCGUCCAAGCCUGGAUGACUCCAUUGCGGCACUGAAUGCUAAGAAUACAGCCAAAAGUGCUGAAGCCAUGAAGAGAGAUGUGGAAUCAGGCGGAGAGAGCGAGGAGGAGGAGGACAGUGAGCUUUCAUCCUCUAUGAGGUUGGGGUCAGCAGGUGCAUUUUCACAGGAGAAGGAGCCAUCAGAUGCCAAAACUGAAAACUCUCUCUAA